AUGAGGCUGCCGAGCCCGUACUCGGGGGUGUUCAGGGGCGGGUCGACGGCGAGGACGGGGCCGCACGCGCUGCCGCUGGCGCGGAUCAAGAAGAUCAUGAAGCGGUCGGCGCGGGACGGCAGCGGCGGCGACAGCGCCGGGGCGAGGAUGAUCUCGUGCGAGGCGCCGGUGGUGUUCUCCAGUGCGUGCGAGCUGUUCGUCGCCGAGCUGACGCGCGCCGCCUGGGACUCCACGCUUGAGGGCCGGCGCCGGACCGUGCACGCCGAGGACGUCGCCGCCGCCGUCAGGGACACCAACGUCUUCGACUUCCUCGUCGACGUCGUCAAGGCCAGGCCGAGUGACGAUGGCGUCAGUGCUGGGGACGGCGAAGGCAGCGUCGCGCCCGCCGUAGGUGUCCACGGCGGCAUGCAGGGUCGUAGGUUGUGA